CGAUGUAUUUAUUAUCUAUAAUAAAUUCCCCGUUUCUCGUCCGGUGUGAACAAGGCUGUAUAUACGGUGCGGUUUCUACCCGUUAAUAACUGAUACCGGGGACACAAAGAAGCCCACACAUCCAUGCGCUCCGUAUAUAUACACCGUCCUGUAUACACCCACAGCCGCCCUUUCCGUGUGAUUAUUUAUAGGGACACACGUGUGUUGUAGAAAGUUCAUCCACGGGGAUCCCGGAGGAGGCGGCGGUCACCGGCCCCGGCCAGCAGCCAUACAUUUCUCAUACACCGCACCGUCUCUUUGUGAGAUAUCGGCGAAGGGGAGGGAAGGGGGCGGGUAAACUUUUUUUUGAAGAUGUGACGUCACGGUAGGGAUCAGCCAAUGAGGACACGGCGUGUAGCUCGCUGAUUGGCCGGCUGUUCGUCCUGAGUGUGGUGGGCGGGGCGGAGAGAGCGCAGAAGACUACACAACGCCGUGCGUGCGGUACAACGCGUACCGGAGACCGGGGCUGAUUGCUGCCGCUGCUCAGAGGGGACGGCGCCUCCGUGCUGACUGUGCUCUCACUAUUGUCUGAGGAGCCGACUGCCUGCACCUGUGAAUCCAGAGAUGGAGUUUGUAUGUGGACUGUGACUAUUCCUGCAGACUAUUGCUCCAGAACACCACCUGCAGCCCAGGCUUCAUGUACAGAUCCUAUAUCCCUGCAUGGACUCUAAGUAGCUGAUCCCAGGACCCGAGAGGAUGUGGGGGGGAGGCUGUGCAGCAUUUUACUGACUUUACGGUGGGCCUCCAACUUUUCUUCACUGUAAGCUCUGAAAGCCACAUGGACCCUGAUGGAGCCCCGGGCAGGAUACCAGGAAAUAGCCGGCAUGAGGAUGGGCUAUCUACAUGUUGGAGGCCGGCAACUUUUUGCACUUUCCGAGGUGCUGAGCGGCCCACUGAGAGGGGUUCCUCGGGGGCGUGUCUGCCGGCGCAUGGAAAGGCUGCACAUACAGAGCCGACGCUGUGACCUACGAGAACUGCGCGCCUUGAAGGCUCUUCGAUCCGUUCCAAGUCGAGCCGUGCAGUGUUGUCUCAUAUCCAGGGAGGACCUCCGCGUCCUUUGCUCCUCAUCUUGGGGGCCGAAUACUGUGAUUUCUAAAGAAUGGACGCAACUUGAAGAUGAGGCACCCGAAACGCCACAGAAGGAGUGUGUGCCCUCCAGGAUGAGGGCCACCUUCCCAACCGAGCUGGUGGAUAUCUUUCCAAGUGCCCCACAUAGCCCGGCUACCUCCGUGGGCUACUCCAGCCCCUUAGACUCUAUCACGGACCAGACGAGUUCUUCCGACACCGAAUCGGACAGUAGCGGCGACGUCUACAGGUCGGUGGAGAUUAAUAAGAUAAGUCGGCAAAUAAUAACGCGGAGCCGUGACUGCGGAACCCCAACCCAACCGGUGAAGGAGUCGCCAAGUGCUCUGCCGGUUAGUAGCCCAACGCCGCCCCAGGAGACCAAAACUAAAGAGCCCUUGGAGGAUAAAAAGUGCGUGACCCAGGAAUGCGGCCAGUCGCCAAAAAUAGCAGAGGACAAUGAAGAAGAAGCGUCGCUACCUCCAGAAGAGGAGGAGGGGAAAUGUGACGCGAGUUCUCCCCCUGCGGAACCGGAGCCCCGGGUACAACAAUUCGAUAGGCUGGUCCGGCAGUCCAAAUUAUGGUGUUACGCCAGGGGGUUCAGAACAGACCUGAGAGACUUGCACCCUGCCAUCACCCGAAAAUGUAGUAAGUCACCAGGUGCCAAGAAGCCAGGGAGGCCUAAGGGCAAAGGGCUCCUAAAGAAGAAGAAGAAACGGGACAUUGGAAGAAGAUCGGCUUCUAACCCUCACGCACCUGUUAGACCCCCGUUUAGUUUUUUGGGGAAUUUUCCGACGCCCCCCUCUCUUGUGGUGGGAGAGGACGGGGACCUGUGUCCUGCUUAUUCUUUAAAGACACAGGAUCCGAAAGCUGUGCCUAGAACUCACCCUGUCUGGGGCUGGCACCCAGGAGGAAAUGCCAUCCCUUUACCUCCUAGUCUCAAAUUUAGGACAUUCUCCAUUGGUCAUCUGUGAUUUUGGAAGUGAACAUGUUAUUGAAACCAUGCGUGACCUGGUUGGAUUACCAUCUCUUGCCUCUACUGCAGUGGUGUCCAAACUGUGG